AUGUCUAAGGUUGUCGUCUUGGGUGCUGGUGUGUCGGGGCUCACGUCGUCACUAUGUCUGUUGAAAACGUUUCCUAGGUCAAUUGAGUCCCUGACGGUUGUGUCGUCUGAAUGGCCUGGUGAUUACCAUGCGCAUGACUACACGUCGCCCUGGGCCGGUGCCAAUUGGGCCAGUUUUGCCCGGGAACAUGAACUGGACCAGAUCCAACGAGAUAAAGCCGCAUACGUCAGGUUCCGGCAAUUGGCUCGCAGUGAACCCGAAUCCGGUGUCAAAAGCUAUCGGUUGAAGUCGUUCCAUUUGAAGACAUAUCCUCUGCCCUGGUACAUCAAGCAAGGUUUUGUCGACAACAUCACCUUCCCGUCCGAGGAAGAAAUUAAAUACAGGAAUAUGGACCCUGCACUUUACUACGGAUUCGAGUUUGACACCUUCACGGUAACUCCCAACGUGUACAACAACUAUUUGAUUGCUCAAAUCCGUAAGCUUGGUGCCCAGGUUAAACGGAUUGACAGGUUAAGCGAUAUUGCGGGUGUCGUGGACAUUGUGGGCUAUGUUCCGGACCUUGUCAUCAAUGCCACAGGCGUCAAUGCGGGCAAAUUGAUCGGCCGUUAUGAACCUGAGGAAAUCGCUAAAGUCUAUCCCGUCAAGGGCCAAAUUUUACAAAUUUACGAAGAUUUGCCCUUUCAGGUUAUGGUCGAAACCUUGCCCGCAGAACUCCAGGGCCUGCCAGAGCAAUUUUUGAACAUUUUCCCUAGAGCUGAAGGUGGAUGUAUUGUUGGUGGGAUCUUCAAGAAAGGCGAUUGGUCUCCACAAGUUAAUGAAGAUCUCAGCAAGAGCAUUUUGAAAGUGUGCAAGAACCACGUCCCAGAGCUUAAGUCUAUGACCGUUUACAACUCCUAUGCGGCCUUGAGGCCCGCCAGGACCGGAGGCGUGAGACUCGAGUAUUCUGAGUACCCGCUCGCCAAAGGAACUUUGAAAGUUGUCCACAACUACGGAAUCGGCGGUGCAGGUUACCAAUCCUCCUAUGGCAGUGCCAUAGAAGUAUGCGCGAUUGCCUCCAGAAUCUUGGGCAAAUCGCUUGCAAAGCUUUAA